GCAGACCCUUUGCACACACACACACACACAUAGACAGACAGACACAGCCAUGAUCCUGACAGGCCGCACUUUGUGUCUUCCUUCGCCAGCCACUGUCCAGGAGCUGUUCUUAGUGGCUCGAGAUGCAAGCAUCAUCCCAGAUAUCUCCUUGGAUCCUGUCCUCACCACCUUCCUGUCGCUGGAGUCCACAGCAGCACUGCAGCAUCAAUAUGCUUUCUUACAGCGGAGCAUGAGCACAGAGCAGCAGACCGCAUUCAACCUUAGUCUGACUGGAGAGCUGGGAGGCAGUAGGGUCACCUGUGGAGGAGUGGGGGUUAUUGCUCUGGCUCUGUCUGUGCUUUUUGAGCAAAUUUCACAACAAGUCCGAGGAUCAACGGAAGGGGGGCUAUCAAUGCAGAGUUCCCAGUCUAAGAAGAUUUUUGGAAUCAGCAGCACUUCAAGAAUCGGCUGGAUUGUCCAAGAGUACCUCCGCUUGGUCCCCGGCAUUGCCAACGACCAGGAGAAGAUGGCUGAGAUCACAGAGCUCUAUGACAACUGGCUGAAACGGGAGCUACUUGAUCAUUUUGAAAGGAUGACCACUAAGAAGAGGAUGAGUUCAGCGGCUAUGCAGCAGUGGCUGACAGGGGCUGCAGUUCAUCUGCACAUGAGAAUCCACCAAGUUCGGCUUCGCUCUGUGCCAUUUGGGUCAGCUGAGUCACUUCGUCUCUCUUACAAGUCAAGUUUAGGUCGCCUGGUUCAGGACUACGCAGCCUACCUUCGCAGACACAUUCAGGAAACCGGAGCUCCAAGACCACGGAAACCCAAAACUAGGACCAAGGGUGGACCAAGACAAACUACAGCUACUAUAUCCAGCCUAACCAAUAGUUCCUGCUUAGGUCAGCGCCUCUUUAAUGUUAGCCUAGUCAGUCCAAGUAACUUAACUGAAAGUUUUAAUGACACUACCACACCCAGUUCAACAGCUGAAAUGAGCAGAAUUUGUAAAACAGGAGGAUCCAAUGAAGACUCUGGACUUAAUGUGCCAGAAAGACGUGAUAAAACCACUGUAGGUAUGAUAAGCAGAAAUGCACUCAACUCUACAUAUAGCAGAGAUGAGGGAGCUGGCAUGUUGGGUUUGUUGGUCAUUGAGCCUUCAAGGAAUGUGAGUCACAACGUGCAGCAUCACCCCUGUGAAUCUCCAGCCAUACAACAAGCUUUGGUGUCUCGUAUCAUUGAUGCCCAGGACCUGGACCGGAACAGGAACUUUUUCCUGUAUCCCGAGAAAGUCAUCCACAAUCUGCUGAGGCAGAAGGAUGACUUUGAGCUGAAGACAGUUUAAGACAGAAGUGAAUAAUGUGCAACUAAAUCUUCAGACCCAAACAUUGUGCUGUUUGACAAAUUACCAUGUGCACCCUCACAUUACUCUUUUAUUCUCCGUCAACCAUUAUGAAAGGGUGUCACAUAAAACACACAAAUAUGAAAGGGUAUGAUGGUCAGUAUCCUAACACUUAAACCAGGAGUGUAAAACUAAUUUUAUUGUAAGGGCCAUAUUCAUCUCAAGUGGGCCGAAAUAGUAAAACUAUUAUAUAAUAUAAUAUAUAAUAUAUAUUAUGAAUAUAUUAAGAUAUCUAUACUAUAAUUGUAAUAGUUGAUUCAUCACCUUUCUGACAAUAUCAACAAAAAUUGAAAAUGUAUAAACAGAAUUUAUUGCGGAGCUGUUAUAUUUGAUUGCAUUAGAUUGCACCGGUGUACCUAAAGAAGUGGCCAGUGAGUGUAUUUCCUGAACUGAUGACAUCAUGUUAGAGGUUACACAGAAAAUGGCUUUCACUUGAAUUUUAACUGCAACAUCAUCAGUGACAUUACUAUUGUGGUUGGUGACAUUUGUCAGGCUAAGGCAAACGUCUGUGAAGGUUCUUCCAG